CGCUAUGAUGAUAACAUACAGCCAUACAUUUUUUACCAUUGCGAUAUUCCUGUCAAUAACCCUAGAUGUCGAAAGUAUUUACGAAAACGAAACGUUAAGUGAGAAAGUUAAUCAAAGAAAUUCCAAAGUAAUGUACUCGAAUCCCAAGUACAUAAAAGAUUUCUCCACAUUGACGUACCGAGUAAGCAGACGGUCCCGUUACUUGACUACUUUUAAUAUGACAAUACUAACCGCGUGGGAUAACAAUUAUAUGAUAGAAGUAGAAGUGUACAAUCAUGAUCUGAAGCUGGAACUAAUGCGUAUAUCAACCAAACCUUGCGAUGUCACAUCAAUGAGGUGGCUGUCGGACUGGUUAAAACAACACAGCGACGUGCCGAUAGUGUGUCCUAUUCCUGCGGGUAGCUAUCAUGUAGUGCGAGCGGAACUGCCGCCGAAAAAUAUUCCAUUACCCAGGGUCGUGCCCAGUGGAUUGUAUACCUGUCACCUGAAUGGGUACCACUUGUUGAACACCACGCACAGGGAUGUCUUGUUUAAAAUGCUAUUGGAACUCUCAUUCAACGGGUCUUAAAGCCAUCCAGAUAUAUUACAAUAAAAUAUAUUUUUUGACAGAGAUCUUCUCUAAAAAAUAU